GUCCUGUUCUCAGAACUCAAGCCAAGAACCCAGAAAUCUAAGAAGAAAGCCCCGCCACAAGGGAAAAAACGAUCCAUCGACGACCUCAUCACGGGCGGUAACAUUGAAACAGAUGUCAGAAAUCAUCAUGCCAAAGAAGCAAACAACCCAAGUUUAACAUUUACACAUGAAGAACUUCAGCUUCCUAAGGUAUACUUGGCUGACGAGACUGGUGAGGCUGUCGAGGCUGUCGAGGUUGACGAAAAUGGCGUUCCAAUCCAGGAGUUAUUCAAAGCCGCCGCAAAAGGUAUCGUGACAUUCUUGGAAGAUUUGCAUCGGCAAGCAGGACUUCUUGAUGACGAUGAGUCACAAGAUUCACGGAGCGCCACAUACUCGUGCCAGUCUGGGUACUGUUCAUGCCGGGCUACGAACGACGACACCAUGGUCGAUGCCGGUCGAUCCUUGCGACAGAGUCCCACAGAAAGGGCCACCGAUGAUGGGAUCAGUAGUUGUGGAUUUGGAUGCACAUCGACUAAUUCCACUGCUUCUCUACCUGGCGAACAAGUUGCAAUACGAGGCUUGCAGGAGCAUACAAGCUGGAACGCAACGGGACUCCCUUCGCCGUCGCUUGUGGAACCAGGACAAGAGGGUACUUCAUCAGGUAUUGGAGAUGCAUAUGAUCAGCAACCCGGCAACAUGCCAAAUACACGCUUCUCACCCACAAGUCUGACCCCAAGCCAGUUUCAGCCUCCAAGCAGUCAGCCGGCUUCUGGGCCUCGUGUAGACACCUCAAACCUGCUCAGCCAUGGAACUGUCACUGCAUCGGCUUUGACGUCUAUUUCCUCCACAUUGCCAUGUUAUGUCUCGCCAUCUCAACCCUCGAAUGGCUAUUUGAAUUCGCAGGAUGAACCAAGAGGGACAGAAACUAGUGGAGACUUACAGCAUGAUGUUCAUGAAUACAAUGCUGAAGAGGCUUUCUUUGACGAACAAUUUGGAAAUUUGGGAGAUACAGAUAUUAUUUUCAACUUAGGAUCGCCAUGUUUAGGAUUUAACUGA